AGUCACGUGUGUACCGCGUUCCGAAGGAUGUGGCGGCUGUCUGCUGUCGGUCAACUCAAGCUUACGCGCCGGUAUGUCGAACUUGGCCGUUAACCGCAACGUCGAGAGAGUCAACACGAUCGGAUGAAAUGCUUUGUUAUGCGGUUUUUUAAAUAAAACAAAACACCUACUCUGCGUCGCUAUGGCUAUUCUCCAAUCCUGUUGUUGUUUUCAGUCGCUUAGGACUGGAUGCUAUGCUAGUGCCCUCUACGCAAUGGCUUAUUUCAGUCUCAACACCAGUAUUUUGGGGUCAUUUUUACACUUUGAAAGACCUUACUGGACUGGAAAUGGGACCGCACCACAGAGUAAAAGUUUCUUAGAGCCAGAAAAAAUGUCAGAAACCACUGUACUUUUUCACGUGGUAGUGCUGGUGUGCGCCGGAUGCGGCAUGCUUACCAGCAUCGUGUUGUUACUGGGCAUAUAUUUUGAUCUCAGGGUGAUGUUCGUACCGUGGAUUUUCGCCAUGAUCACAGCGACUUUUGUCGACGUUGCACAUUCCGUGUACUUGUACGGGUUGGACACGGUUGAAUUUAAUCCACCAACAGCAAUUUUAUACACCGUUGACUUUUUCCUAUUAAUGUUAAACAUUUAUUCAGUUCUCUGUGUUAUAUCGCAAUAUCAAGAAUUGAUGGCCGGAAGAGGUACCGCUUAUUUUGAACAAACCCUAAAACAGGUAGCGUCGGUGAGGUACACGUGUCAGCCGACUGGCACGAGUUGUCUGAGCUCCAGGAGACCGGGCACUUUACCAGUUUCCCCUACACAAAGUCCCACGAAAACUACAGGAACGACGAUCGGAUCCUCGUCAGCUGGAUCCCGCAGGGGAUCUAGAAAACAUGUACAGUUCCCCGACCUAGACGGCCCCAGCCUGAAAUCUAGUGACUUGUUGCACGCCAACUGGAAACAAGGCAUGUCUACGCCCUCCGAAAUGUCUAUCACGCCAGAUUCUACGAUUCAAUUAUGUGACAACAGAACGGAUGAUUCAAUAAAUGCUGAAGUGAUAAAUAUAACCACACAAAAAUAUCCAAAAACUUUUAUAACUAACCUGUAAACUUGUAAUAUUAUUUUGAUGGAAUGUAGGAGGUUUUUUUCCCACAAUAUUGAUUGUUAUAUUUGUG